UUAGCAACAACCAAAUAAGGGUUUUGUUUUGUGGAGAGGAAGAGAAGGUCAUUUCUCUGUCUGAGUGAUUAUUGAAGCAGAUUUACCCUAGAGAAAGGAUGAGUGGAGCAGGGAAGAAAGUUGCUGAUUUAGCAGCUAAAGCAGCUGCAUCUAAGGGUAUAGAUUGGGGUGGAAUGGCAAAACUUCUUGUUUCAGAGGAAGCCCGUAAAGAAUUUUCUUCUCUUCGUAGAGCUUUUGAUGAGGUUAACUCAACCCUUCAAACCAGAUUCAGCCAGGAACCUGAACCCGUAAACUGGGAGUACUAUAGGAAAGGAAUUGGACCUCGUGUAGUGGAUAUGUACAAAGAGGCUUAUGACAGUUCCAUUUGUCAUGCUUAUGUUGACAAUGUGACUCCUCAAUUCAAACCCAAAUUUGAGUCAUUGUUGAUAGAAUUGAAAGAAGCGGAGCAGAAAUCGUUGCAGGAGACUGAGAGACUGGAAAAAGAAAUUGCUGAAGUUCAGGAACUAAAGAAAAAGAUCAGCACCAUGACUGCAAAUGAGUACUUCGAGAAGCAUCCUGAGGUGAAAAAGAAGUUUGAUGACGAAAUCAGGAAUGACUAUUGGGGAUAUUAAUUCAAGCUGCAUGAUUCCUGAGUGAACCUUUUUGUAUUGGCAUCAAAUAUUAUAAAAGGAAUACAAUAACUUUUCUAUUUUUUCCUUUUGUUUUUGAAAUGUAUGCUGCGAAGAAUUUGAAGCGCAAGCAUGUCAUGAUGUUUUUCUGUUGUUUGCGGUAUGGUCUCUCAAAGAAGUGUUGGCUAGAGUGAGACCCCUUUUAUUCAAGGAAAGGGUUUUUUAUGGAAGAGUCGGAUUGAAAACCGAAUUUAUAAGAUUUUCAUUUUUUUCUUCUUAACA